AUAUGAUCAAAUGGGAUAUUACGUGGAAGUAAUUGUUGGGUUGAAAAGGAAGACAGUCGGCCAAAUCAAACUAUGUACAUCAAACAAAAGAGCCCGAAUGUUUAGUAAUUCGGUGCUCAAACACAAUUUGCCUUUAGUACAUUUUUUCUUGCUAAAUCAAAGGAGUAAUCAUUACUGAAAUGACAAUAUUUAAACUGCUGGUUAAUAUUGCAGGAUUUUUGUCCAACGAGGGUUCUCUUCAGUUUUUGCCUGAUUUUCGCGAAGAGCAGUUGCUUUUUUAGCUAAUUAAUGUAUUUGAUUAUGUUUUGGAAUAUUUUUCUUGUUGGUGUUGUCUAUGGAUAUCCAACCUCUUGGAUACAGAAAAUAGCUGAAAGUCAACCAUUUGAAGGCGAAAACAACUCACUGGAUAAAGUUGAGGAUGAAUUUGCUGCCUUGGACAUUUAUUUUAAACGAAACUUAACUGAGGGUGAGAAAGCGCAAAAUUAUACCAACAACAUCAUACCUUUUACAACAGAUUUUUCAUCCAAGAAUUCAACCUCUUCAGAAAAAAACGACACUCAAUCGCCUGUCCCUGCUGCCAGCAGCAACAUAGAUCCAAUCAAGCAGGGAAAUAAAAAUAAAAUAAAUGAAACAAGAAAUCCUAGACAGGAAUUGGACAGUCCUGAGGAACGGGCAUCUCAAGAACAGGACAGUAGCGAAGAAGAAGGCGGAGGAAACAUGCUUACCGGGCUACUUUCAGCUUUUUUGAGUGGACUUAGCAGGGCUGAUGGCAGUAUAGAUAUAGAAGCUAUUAUAGGAUUGUUAGGCAGCUUAAGCAGCCAAAAUCCCGAUGGAAGUUACGAUUUCAAUUCACUAUCAGAACUUCUCAGAAGUUUCUUUGGGGGUGGUGCUGAUGGGGGUGGAUCCGACAUAGGCGCAUUUAUUGGCGGACUAGCUGGGGCUUCGAUUAAAGGCGUGGCAAGUCCACCAGGACCGAAAGGAGCAGGAAUUCUAGCAGGGAAGGUGGUGACCGGAGUCCUGCCAGCCUUGAGUGCCCCGGAGCCUAAAGAUGACGCGACUGGCCCUUGGAAGCAGGAGCCGCAGUUGGACUCCGGAUCUUUCCUGACUGGGUUCCUGAAAACAGUACUUGGGAGUGGCGGAAAUGGGAUGAACCAGGGAGGAAAAGGUUCAACAUACAACGUGUUUAAAUUGGUAUUUUCGACAAUUACUGGACUUUUCACGUCCUCCUCGUCCUUAUCAACAAAAUCAGACUGGAAUUAACUGGCGUCAUUCAGCUCGAAGACAUUUAGUAGUUUAGCAAUAAUUUGCUUAAUAUUGACCACACUAGAAUAGCAUUUUUUGUACAUAAAGUAUAUAUUUUAGUAAAGAUUUUAAACCCUCA